AUGUACAAAGGGAAAAGAAAGUACAUUGAAAUUUGGCAGAAAGUUGAAAUUGCUGAAUUUUACAUUCAACACCAAAAUGAGAUGAGCAUGAGAGAUGUUGCUGCAAAGUUUCAUGUCAACUCCUUUAGCUCGAUUUCCGAAUGGGUGAAUAAGCUUGAUGAGUUGAAGAAAUCAGUAAAAUCUGAUAAAAAAUUAAAAUUAGAAAGCUUCACUCAAAUUUCCAGAGCUAGAGAAAGAACUAGUUCAUUGGUUUACUGCAAUCCGUGAGCAAGGUAUUCAGGUUCUCAGAUCAACGAUUGAGGAGAAAGCAAAAAGUUUGGCGGCAGAAAUGGGAUUGGCGCGAUUCGGCUGUGGAGAUAA